AUGGUCAACGACGGGACAUCCUCGGCUCUGGUUGCCGAUAUCCUGGUGCUGGUGAAAAACAACGUUGUUUUAUUCCUUGUGCUUUUAGUUCUUUCACGCUGCAUCUAUCAUCGCUACUUCCACCCACUUUCCAAAUACCCCGGCCCGUUGGCGUGCUCCUGUACUCGUCUUUGGAAAGCAUGGAGUGUGUACAACGGUCACACGGAACUUGACUUUAUCGACUUGCACAGAAAAUAUGGAAGUAUUGUGCGGGUUGCGCCCAAUGAGCUUUCCUUCGCAUCACCAAAAGCCGCGCACGAUAUUCUUGCCCCUGGAAAUGGCUUCACGAAGACCGAAUUCUACAAAGCCUUUCCCCCGAAACAUGCACCAGAUAUCUUCACAGAGACCCGGGAAUGGAAACAUGCCGCUAUGAAACGUGUGGCUGUGGUCCCGUAUAGCCUAGCCAGCGUGCAGAAGAUGAGCCCAUGGAUCGAAGACGUGCAAAAUGAAUUUAUUGCUAAAAUCGGCGAGUAUGCGGACUCCGGGAGAGUUUGUGAUCUGGGUGACCUGCUCCAUUAUUUUGCCUUUGAUGUAAUCGGAGAGUUUGCAUUUUCACAGCGCUACGGUUUUGUGGCACAAGAGAGAGACAUCGGAGGUACCAUUAAAUUAAUUGAUAACGUGCAAUGGUAUGACGGCAUCGUCGGCCAGGUCCCUGAGCUACGACAUGUGCUACGAGAAAGCCCCGUGUUCCAAUAUCUCUUGACAUUGUUGAGUCCUCCGCAGGUCACUCAAAUGGCUUUGGGUGAAAUUGCGAAAAGAAAAAAGAACAAGACUGAUGGAUUCUUCCUCGAGCCUGAACGGCGAGAUCUGCUGGGCCAACUGAUGGAAGGCAGUGCUAGAGACCCAGGGAAAUUCUCGGAGAUGGAUGUCUUCUCCGUCGCUCAUGGUGCGAUAGGUGCUGGUGCUGAUUCUACUGCGUCUACAAUGCAAUCAUUCUUUCAUUUCAUCCUAUCCAAUCCGGAAAUACAUCGCAAACUGAGCGAAGAGAUUCGUGGAGCCCAUCUAUCGCCCAAUGUCACAUGGGCAGAAGCACAAGAUUUGCCGUAUUUCCAGGCGUGUCUGUUGGAGGCCAUGCGAUUGAGGCCAGCCGUUGGACUGAGCAUUCCUCGAUACGUUCCAAAGGGAGGUGCGAUGAUUGACGGCACGAACUACCCAGGAGGAAUCGUGGCAUCAAUAAACGGCUGGGCAGUUCAUCGUGAUGCUCUUUUCGGCGACAACGUCGACCAGUUUCGGCCCGAAAGAUGGCUUUCCGGCGAUGUCAGGGAUAUGAAGAAGCAUAUGUAUCAGUUUGGGGGCGGCGGACAUCUUUGCAUUGGACGGAACCUCGCACAAUUUGAGAUGAACAAAAUCAUUCCACAACUUCUGGAGAACUUUGAUUUUGAGCUUGUGUAUCCUGGAAGGCCGGUGAAGUCCCACUCAACGUUCUUUGUGGUCCAGAGCGGUCUGGAGGUCUUUGUUAGGCGGAGAAAAUAG